ACGUAAAACGAUUUCAAAAUAAAAAGUUUAUAAACUAAAAGUUUUCAUUAUUAGAUGAUUAACCUAAAAUACUAGUAGGGUCAUUGGAGGACGGUUUUGUAUCAAAUCAUUUCUCUUCAACAACUCUCUCUCUCCUCUUUCUUCUUUGUCCCCUACUGUCUAGACUUGCCAAACAAGCACAGAGGGACCAAUCCCAUCGAUGAAGAAGAGUCAAACCCAAAAACAUCCAUUUCUUUUUUAUAUACCCUUUUCAAUUCACAUCUUCUUCAUCAAAUUUUCUCUCUCUUAGUUGAAUCAUAGUGAACUGUAGAGAGAGAAAAAGGGGAAAAAAUGGAGCAGAAUAUGAGAGGAGUGCCUACUCAUGGAGGAAGAUAUGUGCAGUAUAAUUUGUAUGGAAACUUAUUCGAAGUUUCUAGUAAAUAUGUUCCUCCUCUUCGUCCGGUUGGUCGUGGUGCUUACGGUAUUGUGUGUGCUGCAGUCAAUUCAGAGACUCAAGAAGAAGUUGCAAUCAAGAAGGUCAGCAAGGCAUUUCAUAACCGAAUAGACGCCAAAAGAAUACUCCGUGAAAUCAAACUACUUCGCCACAUGAACCAUGACAAUGUUAUUUCCCUUCGGGACAUAAUACGGCCUCCACAGAAAGAGAACUUCAAUGAUGUUUAUAUGGUUAACGAAUUGAUGGAUACCGAUCUUCACCAAAUUAUACGAUCCAACCAGGGGUUAACUGAUGAUCAUUGCCGGUAUUUCCUUUAUCAAAUAUUACGAGGCUUGAAGUACAUUCACUCCGCCAAUGUGCUGCACCGUGAUCUGAAACCAAGCAACUUGUUAUUGAACGCAAAUUGUGACCUUAAAAUCGCAGACUUUGGACUUGCCAGAACAACUUCUGAAACCGAUUUCAUGACAGAAUAUGUUGUCACCCGGUGGUAUCGAGCACCAGAAUUACUUUUGAAUUGUUCAGAGUAUACCGCGGCAAUUGAUAUCUGGUCGGUUGGAUGCAUACUUGGGGAAAUCAUGACCCGAGAACCCCUUUUCCCCGGAAAGGAUUAUAUUCAUCAACUUAAACUUAUUACUGAGCUCAUAGGUUCACCCGAUGAUGCCAGUAUAGGGUUCCUACAGAGUGACCAUGCUCGAAGAUAUGUUAGACAGCUACCACAGCAUCCGAAGCAAUCUUUCACGGCUAAAUUCCCAAAUGCUUCUCCUAUGGCUUUAGAUUUACUAGAUAAAAUGCUCGUCUUUGAUCCCAGCAAGCGAAUAACAGUAAGUGAGGCACUCCGUCAUCCCUACCUUGCCCCUCUACACGACAUAAACGAAGAACCCGUUUGCCAACAACCCUUCAAUUUUGAUUUUGAGCAUUCAUCUUUCACCGAGGAGCACAUCAAGGAGCUAAUUUGGAGGGAGUCGGUGUUAUUCAACCCGGAUCCUCCUACGUAUUAACUGUGUUGUAUCUGAAAUGAGUAAGUGAAUUUUUUUCGAGAGACCACUGGGGCGAAAUGGGUUUAUGCAAAGGUUUCAAAUUCCGUCUUCAAACUAGUAGAACGGAAAAAUGUGUUUUUACGAAUGUGAGUUUUUAUGGUAAACUGCGAAAAUUCGUUCUUCGAUUGCUACUAAAAUUGGACUGAAGCACUUAGCAAAAAUGGAUGUAUAGUGUGAAUCUUUCUUAAUUAGGAAAGUUUUUUUUAUGCUGUCUUGUUGAAUAAAACGCUGCCUUUCUAUUUGUGUAAUAUUCUUGCCAAAGUAUUCAUUAAUGUCUGAACAAACUUUUCCGUACA